UUGAAUUAAUGAAAAAUGACUUUGCCAUUCCAGAAACCACAUGAUAGCAACAGUUCCACCAGGCCCUUUCAGGGCACCAUUUUACCAUGUGCACCAAGUGUAACUUACCGGAUGACAAAAGGUGUGGACUCAAGUGAGGAGAGCUUCUCUGAUUCAGAUGAUGACACUUCUGUGUGGAAACGGAAACGACAAAAAUGUUUUAACCUUCCUCCGAUUAAAUCAGAGCCUUUUCAGUUUGGCCAGAGUCACCAAAAGCAAACUGUUUUAGGAGGUAAGAAGAUCAACAACAUUUGGGGUGCAGUGCUUCAGGAACAAAAUCAGGAUGCAGUGGCCACUGAACUUGGAAUUUUAGGAAUGGAAGGUAAUAUUGACAAGAGUAGGCAAUCUGAGAGUUACAAUUAUUUAUUGGCUAAAAAGCUGAUGAGAGAAACUGACCAACAUGUGGAGGAGAUAUUAGACAAAGAGCUGGAUGAAUACAUGCAUGAUGACAAAAAACCAGUGUCAAAGGAGGAAGAAAAUGGACAAGGACUUCUCAAACGGAAACGGCCUGUGAAGGACAGACUGAGUGAAAGACAAGAAAUGAAUUAUACAGGAAGGUAUGAGAUUACUGAAGAAGAUUCUGAGGAAAAAGUGGCUGAUGAAAUUUCUUAUAGGCUUCAGGAACCAAAGAAAGACUUGAUAGCCCGAAUAGUGAAAAUAAUUGGAAAUAAGAAAGCUAUUGAACUGCUUAUGGAAACAGCUGAAGUGGAACAAAAUGGUGGACUCUUCAUAAUGAAUGGUAGUAGAAGAAGAACGCCAGGAGGAGUUUAUUUAAAUCUCCUGAAGAAUACACCUAGCAUCACUGGAGAGAAAAUCAAGAACUUGUGCUCAAAUUGGAUAGCAGCUCUUAAAUGUGUAGUGUUCUUCUUUCAGCUUCCACAACAAAUGCAGCAAGGGUACUACAGACAGCAACUUCUUACCUUUACAACUCUGAUUCGUCCCCAGAUCAUGCUGCAUCCAGUGCACUAAAUGAGGCAAAGAUACUGUAAUAAAAAUAGUAUACAAUCAUGUGAAUAAAGACUGUAUAAUAAUGCAUAUGUGAAAGGGCCACAGAAAUAGCUACACAAGUGACCUUAGUACAGAGAUAUACACCAUCUUUUGAGUGCAUGACUUCCUAGGUUUUUGGGGUUUUUUUUAAAAAGCAAACUGGAAAAAAAAGCAAUCCUCAAAUUCAUCAUGCAUUAUAUUGACAGGAACUCCUCUGCAAUGUCAGAAUUUUUAAAUACAUAGAAAGCACCUCUGCGGUAUGUGCUAAUGGAAUAAAUGGUAUCAGGAGCAGCACUAGAAAAGGACACAAUGUAUUUCGCCAUUAGGCUUCACAAAUAUUUGACACCAGAGUAAUAGUAAGACUAGAGAGGAACUCUCCCCACAGAGGACUCUCCCCAGCAGGGAUUGCCUCAGGUUCCUGCUGCCUCUCUCCCUUUGAAAUGUACAAGAACUGUCCAUGGCUCCUGUACAUUUCAAAUGGGAGGUACAGCGGGAUAGUGAGCUCCUUCCUAAUUGACUAAUUGGAAAUUCCCUAUUUUUAGUUGUUUGUUUAUUUUUACUAUUUAUAUAUUUUUCUAAUAUGUCUUUAAAGGUUGGAUUUGGGACACCUACCUACCCUUGUUAUUUUACUCCCUAAUUGACUAAUCGGAAAUUCCAUCGACUACUUGAUUAGC